AGCAACCCUGAGCGAAGCGGAGACCUCCCAGAUAUGGCUGUCACGCUGGUGAAAGCUUUUGCAAGCGUGAGUUGUUCGACGUGGUUCGAAGCUGCUUACAGCUGCUGGCCCGACCACAUGCCUUCUUACCCUGUCCUCCCUGCCACGAGUACUGCGAGUCGAGUCCUUUCUUUCCGCGAACAAGGUCUAGAUAGAUCUUGCUGUUCACUUACUGUGCGUUCGCCGGCCAUCGUGAUGAGAGCGAGCAUACAGAGACCGAGAUGGACAGUCCUAAAGCACUUCUCAGCGCUGCGGCAAAAAAUGUUAAGAGUGUGAGGGUGCGCAUAGCCGACCUGUAGGAGACUGUGUUCGGCUUCAGAUUUGACGCUACUGGCAUCAGGACGACCCUCCUCGGCUGGCCAGCAUUACGUGGUGCGUCCG